UGCUCCUUCAUGACGUCAUCAGAGAGCGACCAGGAAGCAACCGGGAACAUGACAGUGGCAACAGAAUGAGAAGUGCAUGUGAGCCGAGGAGGAUGAGUGCAGGCUGUGCUGUGUGUGUGUGAACAGUGACUGAUCCUGGAGGGGCUGCUUUUACCAGUGUACGAGACCACGUUGGCACGUCAUUUCCUAGAGGAUGCUUCUGUUUUUCAUUGUUGGCUUGAUCGUCCACCUUAUCUUCUUUGCAUCUAUUUUUGACAUAUACUUUACGUCUCCGCUGGUCCAUGGCAUGACGCCACAGAAAACAUUGCUUCCACCUCCUGCAAAACGAUUAGUCCUAUUUGUGGCUGAUGGAUUGAGAGCUGACACUUUCUUUUUGUUGGAUGAACAUGGUCUUCCUAGAGCACCUUAUCUUAGAAAUAUAAUCCAAACAAAAGGAAGUUUUGGUGUUUCUCACACUCGGGUUCCUACAGAGUCCAGACCAGGACAUGUUGCACUCAUUGCUGGAUUUUAUGAAGAUGUCAGUGCAGUUGCAAAAGGCUGGAAGGAAAAUCCAGUUGAGUUUGAUUCUGUCUUCAACGAGAGUACCUACACUUGGAGCUGGGGUAGUCCAGAUAUCUUACCAAUGUUUGCCAAAGGUGCUAGUGGCGACCAUGUGUUUACAUACUGUUACUUGGCAGAAAGUGAGGAUUUUGCAUCUGCGGAUGCAGCCAAACUGGAUACGUGGGUUUUUGACCAUGUAAAGUUAUUUUUCAGGUCUGCUAAAAGCAAUGAAACACUGUUACAUAAACUCCAUAAAGAUAAAGUUGUUUUUUUCCUUCAUCUCCUUGGAUUGGAUACUAAUGGACACGCUCACAGACCAGGUUCACGCGAGUACAAAGACAAUGUGAAGAAAGUUGAUGAAGGAGUCAAAGAGAUGGUGACCCUGAUAGAAGACUUUUAUGAAAAUGAUGGUAAAACAGCUUUCAUCUUCACCUCUGACCAUGGCAUGACAGACUGGGGGUCCCACGGCGCUGGUCAUCCUUCUGAAACCUUGACACCUUUAGUUGCUUGGGGAGCUGGAGUACAUCAUCCAAGGGAAAAUCUUUUACAUGAUCCUGUUUCAACAGAAUGGAGUUUGGAGAGAUGGAAAAGACUUGAUGUCAACCAGGCAGACGUGGCUCCACUGAUGUCAGCUCUUAUCGGAAUCUCUUACCCGUUGAAUUCUGUGGGAAUUUUGCCUGUGGAGUAUAUUAACAGCAGCAAUCUCUUUAAAGCAGAGAGCAUGCUUACUAAUGCUCUUCAGAUUUUGGAGCAGUUCAAGGUGAAAAUGGCACAGAAAAAACAAACCACAUUGUCAUUUCUUUUUUCACCUUUUAGUUUGCUUUCAGAGUCGAAGCAACUUGACAUAAUGAGAAGUAUACGAUCUCGCAUCCAUGGAGGAAAUUACAAAGAAGCAGUGGAUCUUUGCAGAACUUUGAUUGACCUGUCUUUAGAAGGACUUACCUACUAUCAUACUUAUGACCGAUUCUUCCUUGGCAUAAGUGUUGUCAUAGGCUUUGCUGGCUGGAUUUUGUAUGUCAUUUUAAUAAUUAUAAAGACCAACACCAGUGUAAUCCAGGCUUCUUCAAAUUAUAAUGGGACACCAUCACAUCUUGUGAGGUUAGGAUUUGGUGCUCUUGGGUUGUCCACAGUACUUUUUCUGAUUAUUCAGUCAAGUCCAUGGAGUUAUUAUGUCUACUGUCUAUUGCCUAUCCCUAUCUGGUAUGCUGCUUCGGAAGAGUUAUGGAUUUACCAUCAACUCAGAAUUUAUCUAAUGAAUGUUUCACCACUUGGAAUCCUGGCAUUUCUUAUCAUGGUCAUCAUCGGAGUUGAAAUCCUGGUUCUAAGCUUCUUCUAUCGGUGGGUGCUUACAGUAGGUUUGGUGGGGUUUGCUUUGUGGCCAGUGCUGAUGAACUUAUGGAUUCAAGAAAAGAUAACAACUAUGAGUUGGGUUCUCUUGUGCUUGCUGCUGGCAUUGUUUCCCUUGAUGCCUGUUGUUGGAAGGGAGCCCAACAUUUCUCUGGUCACCUUUGCUGGAUUGCUGGCACUUCUCAUUUCCCUGGCUUCUCUUGUGUGGCUUUGGAAGAAAAGAAACAGAGCUGUUGAAAUAAGAAAUGUUAAAGUACACAUCUGUCAGAUGAUAUGUCUUGCAAUUUCCAUAUGUGUAGUCAGCACAACCCAUUCCAGCCUAGAUGCCAAACAAGGACUGCCGUUGCUGAACCAAAUUAUAAGUUGGUCAAUUUUAGCCUUCUCUUUAGUUGUACCACUACUUAGUGCCACAUUCCUGUUCCAGCGGCUCCUGAGUAUUUUUCUUUCAUUUAUGUCCUCCUAUGUUCUGCUUAGUACAGGGUAUGAAGCCUUUUUCCCCCUGGUGCUGUCAUGUUUAAUGUUUGUGUGGAUAUUUAUAGAGCAGGAAUCUCUAGUAAAGAACGGUCUUUCAUUAAAGCAAAAGUCUCAGUCAGAUUCACAGACUGGGAAGAAGCGUUACCCAGCAGGUGUGACAUCAUAUGAAGCCAUACAGAGGAGAACUUCCUCCCUCACUCUGCUACACACAGCCCAGAGCAGUUCACUGUGUGAGCUUAACUGUAUUGACUUCUCCUGCAGUCGCGAUAUUACUCAGUUUCGACAACUGAAUCUGGAUGACACUCGAAGAGCUUUCUUUUUGGUGUUCUUUAUAGUCACAGCUUUUUUCGGCACUGGAAAUAUAGCAUCAAUUAACAGUUUUGACCCAGCAUCUGUAUACUGCUUUCUUACUGUGUUUAACCCCUUUGUCAUGGGCGCUUUGAUGAUGUGGAAGAUUCUCAUCCCUUUCAUUUUGGUGAUGUGCUCUUUUGAAACGGUUCAGAUCUCAGCGCAGAUUUCCUCUAAAAGCUUGUUUCUCGUCGUUCUCGUGAUAUCGGACAUUAUGUCUCUGCACUUUUUCUUCCUGGUUAAAGAUUAUGGAAGCUGGUUAGACAUUGGAGCAAGUAUCAGUCACUAUGUCAUUGUGAUGUCCAUGACCAUAUUCCUGAUGCUUCUAAGUGGCCUGGCCCAUUGGCUCACAACAAAGGAGAUUAAUUUAAGAAGAAAAAAGAAGCACCACGAUACCUGAAAAAGACAACAAUCUCAUAAGUUUCCUUAAGCCAAGAAUGAAUAAAACAAGAGCACUGUUCAUAUGUCUUCAUUCAGAAUCUAAAAGAUUGGACUCAUCUCUGAUACUGUAGUUACAGUACAGUAAUGUGGUUAAUGCACUACAGUGAAUUCAUCUGGUUAAUUCAACAACAGACAAACAUUUAGCUACUAUUUUAGUUUUUUAGUUUUCUUUGAAAACAAAAUAAUAGUUGUACAUAAAACAGCAGUGGCAAAAAUGCAAUAUGCUCUCUAUUUGGUUUUAAUGCUUGUUUGCCCUUUCUCCAAUCAGUUGUAAGGGAGAAAGCCACCUUGACCUUUCAUUGUUAAUCUCACAGUAUUAAGGAGAAUGGAAACCUAAUUUACACCAACAGUGGCAAAGAAUAAGAAUAGUUCUUCCCUGCAACAUUUUGUCACCCAUGAUUCGCAAUAAAUAUGCAGCAUUACUGUGGCUUAUAUGGAACUUAAUUUUUGGCGCAUAGUUACAAAGAAGCAAAAAUUAUAUUAUAAAAUUAUAGUUAUGGGACAUUUGUAUGUUCCUCAGAGCUGUAACUCAGCUUUCUGUUUACAUGGUACCUGAUACACUGUGACUGCAGCCUGGUAAGUUAUUCGAUUUUACAAAAGUCAGAUCUGUAUGGAGGAUCAGUAGAGGUCAUUUUUAUUGUCUAUAAAGUAUAUUGUAAAUUUGUAACAGUUAUCAAGAGUUUUAAUAAUAGGGCAGUGGAGUGGCAUAUUCUAUGAACCUUUAUAUUUUGAUGAUUAAACAAAAGCAUUAUUUUUAUUAUUGAU